GCAGUUCGCCUUGAAUCAAGGCAGGCAUCUUUCAGGGGUCAGCUGUCCUUGACCUCACUCCUUGCGGCUGGCCCACCAUUCACGUGUCCAGAGACUCUUUCAGAGGGGAGGCUGGAAAGAGCAGACGUGGGGAGGAGAAGGAAUGUCGUUCUUCUGGAAGCAGGGAUCUUCCAGGAUAACAAAAGUGUCAAGUAUGUAUGUUUGAGAAAAAGUCUGGGAAGGAUGGUCGCGAGAACGUGUGCCUCCUAUUCGGAACUGCUCCAACUUCCAUUUAUUUCUUGGAGAGUCUUUAUGUCCGGAGCGCUGGUAGCGUAGAGAUGAAUGAAGCUCAAGAGGUUAACGAAGGUUCGCCGGGAGUGGUCCUCGAAUUGCCCAACAGAUUGAGGGAGAAAUAGCAAGAAAAAUGGGUUAGGAGGCUGACGCAUGAUGUUUCUGAGAAAAAAAAAAAAUUCAACUUCGACAAGGAUGACAGGUGGAAGUUACUGCAGCAGAGAGAGGAGCUCUUGCGAUGACGGGGUGCAGCCCUGUAUUCACAAUGCAGCAGGUGGUGGGUGUACCCCAUAGACUGGUAUGGAGAACCUUUCGUGGAACGGACCUCCUCAUGACAAGGACUCUGUGCAGUCCAGGUCCCAGCCGACCUGGAGAGAAGCGACCGGAAGCUGCAGCCUUAGGGCUGUAUCAUCGCCUCCCCGAGUUGGGAAGAACACUAAGCCACACCAUUCGGCAUCGAGCAGCCUCGACUGCCAAGGCUUGGUGGGACAGAUAUGAGGAGUUUGUAGGACUCAAUGAAGUUCGAGAGGCCCAGGGAAACGUGACAGAGGCGGAGAAAGUGUUCAUGGUGGCGCGUGGUCUUGUUCGAGAAGCCCGGGAGGAUCUAGAAGCUCAGCAGACGAAGCUGAAGGAGGUGAGGGACCGCUUGGACCGAGUCUCCAGGGAGGACAACCAGUACCUGGAACUGGCUACUUUGGAACACAGGAUGCUACAGGAAGAGAAGAGGCUCCGAAUAGCAUAUCUGCGUGCGGAAGACUCAGAGCGAGAGAAGUUCUCUCUCUUCUCUGCAGCUGUGCGGGAGAGUCACGAGAAAGAGCGUACAAGGGCUGAGAGGACCAAGAACUGGUCCCUCAUUGGGUCAGUUCUAGGAGCUCUGAUAGGCGUGGCUGGUUCCACCUAUGUUAACCGUGUCCGGCUACAAGAACUGAAGGCCUUACUCCUGGAAGCCCAGAAAGGGCCUGUGAGCCUCCAGGAGGCCAUCCGUGAACAGGCUUCUAGCUAUUCCCUCCAACAGAAAGACCUCCAGAACCUUAUGGUGGAUCUGAGGGGCCUGGUGCACGUUGGGCAGGACCAGGGCUCCGGGUCACCAACAGGUCCUCCUUCUCCCCGAGGAAAAGACAUAGAUGGCCUUUCAGCCACCAUGAAAGAGCAGCUCAGUCAUUCCCGGCAGGUCUAUUCCUGCCUAGAGGGUUUACGAGAGCAGCUUGACAGCCUGGAAAAGACUUGCAGCCAAAUGGCUGGGGUGGUUCGACUUGCAAAGGCCCCGGCACAUCCAGGCAUGGUGGAGCCACUGGAUGGGGCCCUGCCCAGCUCUUUGCUGGAACAUGGGAGCAUGAUGUUGGCGCUGUCAGAGAUGGAGCAGAGGCUAGAAGCCCAGGCUAACAGGAAUGCCAUCUCUAGCACGCUGGUCACCUGUGUGACUUUUAUGGCCACAUUGCCGCUGCUCUACAUGCUGUUCAAGACCAGUUAGCCCUGGGAUCCGACUCCAAAGGGGCCGAAGGGUGACUGUAGGCUGUGUUGGGGAUAUAAUGAAUCUUUGAGGUACAUACAACCUCAACCUGACUCUGAAUACCAGCAGAGGGGCUCGCCGACUAGUAUAUUUUAUUCUGUAGGUAAUACCUAUUUGCAUUAAUUAUCCAAACUUUGCAUAAAUGUCCAAUUAAAAUAUCUAAGAAUUUGUAUUAUGUAAAAGA